CGCUGCGUCAGCGGAAGCGGCGCGGAGCGGCUGUUUCCGACCCGAUAAAGCGGCGUUGUCUUCGCGCGCCGGCCGCAGCCUCGCAGCGCUCUCUCCGCGCCCGCGUCGCUGACUGAUUGACCGCCCGGCCGGCUGGCCGAGGGAGCAGCCCCCGCCCGGACCCGCCGCCGCCUCCCGACCCCGGUGCGCCCGGGGCUCCGCGCCCCCGUCGCCCCUGCCCGGCCCGGCCCGGCCGCCCCGCCGCCCCCGCGGCCCCGGCCGGAGGAGACAGGUAUUCUGCUCUGGGUUGGAGCACAUCCAGCAGAGGCUUUUCCAGCGGAGGCGGAUCCACACGGGGCCCAGCCUCCUGAUCAUCCAGUCACUCGAUGGGGAUUACCAGUGGACCACCUGUUUGUAUCACCUUCCCACCUCUCUGUAGCAAGAAAAAUCACUUCAGCACCUCUUCAGUAAUAAUGAUGAAACUGGUAUUAACUGAAUGGCAAUUAUGGAUUUUUAACUCUAAUUCACAGUAAACCAGCAAGCCAUAUGUUUAAAAUCCAACCAAAAAUCGUUCUGUGUUGCUGCAUGUCUCAUACCGUUGUGAGAAGUUGUGAGAUAGCCACUUGUGCAAAGAGGAAUGUAAGUGUUACCUGCCCGAGGAACACAGCCGAAGCAGAAAGAGAAGACGUCUUAAUUUAUCAUUACAGAUAUAUGAAAGCAUUAUUUAUAUAGAUAGAAUAUAUAGAUAAAUAUAUAUAUUUUUGGUGGUAAUGAAAAUGGCUCCGCAGAAUGCUGACCCGGAAUCUAUGCAAGUUCAAGAGUUAUCCGUGCCCCUGCCGGACCCACAGAAAGCCAGAGGCGCAGAGGCCGAGAACUGUGAGACCAUCAGCGAGGGGUCCAUAGACCGAAUCCCCGUGCGCCUGUGGGUGAUGCACGGGGCGGUGAUGUUUGGCAGGGAGUUCUGUUACGCCAUGGAAACCGCUCUGGUCACACCAAUACUGUUGCAGAUUGGCCUUCCGGAGCAGUACUACAGCCUCACCUGGUUCCUGAGCCCCAUCCUUGGCCUCAUCUUCACACCUCUCAUUGGGUCUGCGAGUGACCGGUGCACCCUGAGCUGGGGCCGCCGGCGGCCCUUCAUCCUCGCCCUCUGCGUUGGCGUCCUCUUUGGCGUUGCACUUUUCCUUAACGGCUCUGCCAUCGGUCUGGCCCUCGGCGAUGUCCCCAACCGGCAGCCCAUCGGCAUCGUGCUCACAGUGCUGGGGGUGGUGGUCCUGGACUUCAGCGCCGAUGCCACCGAGGGACCCAUCCGCGCCUAUCUGCUGGACGUGGUGGACAGCGAGGAGCAGGACAUGGCCCUCAACAUCCACGCCUUCUCUGCCGGCCUCGGCGGAGCCAUCGGCUACGUGCUGGGUGGGCUGGACUGGACCCAGACCUUCCUGGGCAGCUGGUUCCGGACCCAGAACCAGGUGCUCUUCUUCUUCGCCGCCAUCAUCUUCACGGUGUCCGUGUCCCUGCACCUGUUCAGCAUCGAAGAGGAGCAGUACAGCCCGCAGCAGGAGCGCAGCACUGAGGAGCCCGGCGCCCCGGACGGGGGCGAGCUGCACAGCGUCCCUGCCUUCCCGGACGAGGUGCAGUCGGAGCACGAGCUGGCCCUGGACUACCUGGACGUGGACAUCGUGCGCAGCAAGAGCGACUCGGCGUUGCACGUGCCAGACACCGCACUGGACCUGGAGCCCGAGCUGCUCUUCCUGCACGACAUCGAGCCCUCCAUCUUCCACGACGCCUCCUACCCCGCCACCCCGCGCAGCACCAGCCAGGAGCUCGCCAAGACCGAGCUGCCCCGCCUGGCCACCUUUCUCAAGGAAGUCACCAAGGAGGACGAGGCCUUGCUGGAUAACCACCUGAAUGAAGCUAAAGUCCCAAACGGAAGUGGCUCCCCCACAAAAGACGCCCUCGGCGGCUACACCAGGGUAGACAUGAAGCCCUCGGCCACAUCGAGCUCCGUGCGGCGGCGGCGGCACGCGUUCCGCAGGCAUGCUUCCAGCACCUUCUCCUACUAUGGCAAGCUCGGGUCCCACUGCUACCGCUACCGGCGCGCCAACGCGGUGGUGCUGAUCAAGCCGUCGCGCAGCAUGAGCGACCUGUAUGACAUGCAGAAGCGGCAGCGGCAGCGGCACCGGCACCGGAACCAGAGCGGGGCCACCAACUCCAGUGGGGACACCGAGAGUGAGGAGGGGGAGGGCGAGACCACCGUGCGCCUGCUGUGGCUUUCCAUGCUGAAGAUGCCCAGGGAGCUGAUGCGGCUGUGCCUCUGCCACCUCCUCACCUGGUUCUCUGUCAUCGCCGAGGCCGUGUUCUACACCGACUUCAUGGGCCAGGUCAUCUUCGAAGGCGACCCCAAGGCCCCCUCGAACUCGACCGCCUGGCAAGCCUACAACGCCGGGGUCAAGAUGGGCUGCUGGGGCCUGGUCAUUUAUGCCGCCACUGGUGCUAUUUGUUCAGCCCUGUUACAGAAGUACUUGGACAACUACGACCUGAGCGUCAGGGUGAUCUACGUGCUGGGGACACUGGGCUUCUCUGUCGGCACAGCCGUAAUGGCCAUGUUUCCCAAUGUCUACGUCGCCAUGGUCACCAUCAGCACCAUGGGCAUCGUCUCCAUGAGCAUCUCCUACUGCCCGUACGCCCUGCUGGGCCAGUACCACGACAUCAAGCAGUAUAUCCACCACAGCCCCGGGAACUCCAAGCGAGGGUUUGGCAUCGAUUGCGCCAUCCUGUCCUGCCAGGUGUACAUCUCACAGAUCCUGGUGGCCUCUGCCCUCGGGGGCGUGGUCGACGCCGUGGGGACUGUCCGCGUCAUCCCCAUGGUGGCCUCUGUGGGCUCUUUCCUGGGCUUCCUGACGGCCACAUUUCUGGUGAUCUAUCCCGACGUGUCAGAGGAGGCCAAGGAGGAGCAGAAAGGCCUGUCUUCCCAGUUGGCCAGCGAAGGUGGGGCCAGCGGGAACAGCGGAAAGCCCACCGUGCUGAAGCUCACGCGAAAGGCGGGCCUGCAGGGACCGGUGGAGACGGAGUCCGUGGUCUGAGCCGCACUCCUGUUUACACACAUUCCACCAAGCGGGCGGGCGGGCGGGUGAGUGGCGGGGCCAGGCCACGGGCAGGAGCAGAGACACCGCGGAGCCCUGCAGAUGCUGUGGCCGACCCGGCAGUGCGGGCCAGAGCCCCUCCGCCCCCAUAGCCACAAUUCAGUAGUCGUAGGGUAGGUUUGAGCUACUAGGCAAAUACCACACUAACCACUUUUUCGAUAAUUAAAAAAAUCAUUUGAAAUAUUUUUUUUAAUUGAAAAAGAUCUUUUAAUUUCAGCUCUUUUAUUCUGCAGGUAUAUUAUUCUGCAUGUUUUAAAAUUAUAUAAAACAUUUAUAUAGACAAUAAGCAAUUUAGAAAAAAUAAGAUUUUGCAUUUCUAAAAUUAUAAUUGAAAACAAAAUCUGACAUUCUCUGCUAGGUCUUAUCUGAAUGCUUCAGAUAAUGGUAGUGUAGUCAGUGACUAAAAUAUUUUUAUCAAAUUUCCUCUCUGUAGACGCCUGCAGGUAUUGACGUCUGUCAGAUCUCGUCACAUUGGCUGGUGCCGCAGCUGUUGGAGAGUAUUUUUCUUUAUGAUUAUUUUAGAAAAAAAAUUUUCUUUUCCACAAUGUGGUUUUCUUAGAAGAACAAUGUAUCUUCUUUUCCUCAGCGAGUUUGACACAUUGUGCCCAGGGCAGCCCUGUCCUUGGGCAGUGGCCGCACACCAAAGCUGGGAGGAGGCUGGUCCGGGGGGCCUGGGCAGAAGACAGUGAUUUGCAGGGGCGGCUCCCAGACACCCUGCCCAGGGAUGGGCUGGGCACCACCUGGGGGCGGAGCGUGAGCUCCAGGUGAGCUCCUGCUUGCGUGUGUGAGUGUGUCUGCGCCCAGCUACGUGACCCCGCUCAUCCCAUCUGAAGGACUCUACUAGGAGGCCAGGUUGCCCCUCCAGACCCCUCCCAAUGUCAGGGGGAAGGAAACAUUGACUUUCACUGCACUUUGAUUCGUCUCUAAACCAUUUGCUGGGGAUUCCUGCGAGCAGAGCUCCCGGCGGGCCCUGCCUCCCAAGUCCCGCCGCAAGGCUACCUCGGGUGUGUGGAUGUGCGAGGGCCUCCCCCGCUUGCGAAGGGGACAUGCGUGCUGGAACCUGUCGGAACUCCAUGCCUUCCUCGCCUGCUCGCCUGCCCACCUGCUCAACGCUGGAAUCAGGACAGGUGCAAAGGGAAGCAUAAGUCUGGGACAGCUAAGGCCCCUGUCACCGGAGGGCUCCGCACAGUCGUUCUGGUUUCAACGAAUAAGCAAAAUUCGGGCAAGUACUGCAGCUACUUCGAAAUGUUUUCCAAACCACAGUCUCUUUAGAACUAAGCCGAUUUGAAACGGUCAGUUUAAGCUUACUGAGAUCAGGAGACAGGGAGGCCCCGCACAUCACACGGAUAAAGUCAGACAAUUUUAAUACUUUUGCUGCCUCAAGUUGUUUUUUAAAUAAAGUACUUUGAAAUGCAUGAGAAUCAUGCUGCAAUAUAUGAUCAUUCUAGAGCAAAUAUAUAUAUACACGUAUAUAUAUUUCAAGAUGAAACUAAAGCAGUUUUUAAAUAAAUUACUUGAAUUUUC